AUGUCUGACUCCGCAGAUCUUACUGUAAAGAGACCCCUUGAUGCUCACGUAGAAUCCUCGGAAAAUGCUGCAAAGAAGUUGAAAGUUGACCAACGCACUCAGAUAGAUUGUGGUAUCCAUGAAGCAGAUGUCGGCAUUACUUUGUUCUUAUCUCCAGGAUUGCCAGGAUUCAGAGGCCAAAUUAAGCAGCGGUAUACUGACUUUUUGGUCAACGAAAUAGAUCAAGAAGGCAAUGUCAUUCAUUUAACUGAUAGAGGAUUUAAAAUGCCAAAGAAACCACAACGCUCCAAAGAAGAGGUCAAUGCAGAAAAGGAAUCAGAGGCAGCUAGAAGACAGGAAUUCAACGUUGAACCUGAGUUGAGAAGAGAACUGGUGGAGAUAUUUGGCGAAGAAGACGUAUCCAAAAUAGAAUCCGUUUUCCGUAUGGCCAAUAAGAUGGAAACGGCAAAGAAUUUUGAAGAUAAAUCCGUUAGAACUAAAAUUCACCAACUAUUGCGUCAAGCUUUUAAUAAUGAAUUAGAAUCUGUGACUACUGAUACUAACACUUUUAAGAUUGCGAGGUCAAACAAAAAUUCAAGGACCAAUAAACAAGAAAAGAUUAAUCAAACCAGGGAUGCCAAUGGUGUGGAAAACUGGGGAUAUGGACCCAGUAAAGAUUUUAUCCACUUUACUCUGCAUAAAGAAAAUAAGGAUACUAUGGAAGCUGUUAAUGUUAUAACGAAGUUAUUAAGAAUUCCAAGCCGUGUGAUUAGAUAUGCAGGCACUAAGGAUCGUCGGGCAGUAACGUGUCAAAGGGUUUCGAUUUCAAAGAUUGGUUUGGAUAGACUAAACGCUUUAAAUAGAACCUUAAAAGGAAUGGUUAUCGGAAAUUACAAUUUUUCAGAUACAAGUUUGAAUCUGGGUGACUUAAAGGGAAAUGAAUUUGUUGUUGUUAUUAGGGAUGUUACCGCCAGUAAUAGUGAGGUUUUAGUGGAAGAAAUUGUGUCCAAUGGUUGUAAAUCGUUAUCAGAAAAUGGGUUUAUCAAUUAUUUUGGUAUGCAGAGAUUCGGUACAUUCAGUAUUUCUACACACACAAUUGGUAGAGAAUUACUUCUUUCAAACUGGAAGAAAGCUGUUGAACUAAUUUUAUCUGACCAGGAGAACGUGCUCCCAAAAUCUAAGGAAGCUAGAAAGAUUUGGGCAGAAACUAAGGACGCGGCUUUAGCAUUGAAACAGAUGCCAAGACAGUGUCUUGCAGAAAAUGCUUUGCUAUACUCUUUAUCUAAUCAACGGAAAGAAGAAGAUGGAACUUAUUCUGAAAACGCCUAUUAUACUGCCAUCAUGAAAAUCCCUAGAAACUUAAGAACUAUGUAUGUGCAUGCCUACCAAAGUUACGUCUGGAAUUCUAUUGCCAGUAAGCGGAUAGAACUACAUGGUUUGAAGUUAGUUGUUGGUGACUUAGUUAUUGAUAAUGAAAAGUCCGUACCAAUUGCUGGGAUUGACGAUGAAGACUUUGAUGAAGAUGUCCGUGAAGCUCAGUUCAUUCGUGCAAAAGCAGUGACUCAAGAGGAUAUUGACUCAGGUAAGUAUACCAUGGAAGAUGUCGUGUUACCAUCACCAGGUUUUGAUGUGCUUUAUCCUUCCAAUGAAGAACUGAAGCAACUGUAUGUGGAUAUGUUGAAAGCAGAUAAUAUGGACCCGUUUGAUAUGAGAAGAAAAGUUCGUGAUUUUUCAUUAGCAGGUUCCUAUAGAACUGUUAUUCAAAAGCCAAAGAGCUUAGAAUAUAGAAUAAUUCAUUAUGAGGAUCCUUCCCAACAAUUAGUAAACACUGAUUUGGACAUCUUAAAUAACUCCAGAGCAAAAGAAAGUGGUCAGAAGUAUAUGAAAGCCAAGUUGGACAGAUAUAUGCCAGAUAAAGGUGGUGAGAAGACUGCGGUGGUGUUGAAAUUUCAAUUAGGAACCUCCGCCUAUGCCACCAUGGCCCUACGUGAACUCAUGAAGCUCGAGACUUCUCGCCGCGGUGAUAUGUGCGAUGUUAAGGAAAAUAUCUAG